UGACGGGUAGCAGUUGAACAGUUCAGUCUAGCACUCUUCAGUUGAUUAAGGCUGGGGGGUUCCCUCCUCCUCCUCCUGUGUGUGUGUGUGUGUGUGUGUGUGUGUGUGUGUGUGUGUGUGUGUGUGUGUGUUCCGGUGCUGAUCUGUGAUCUCCUCCUCCUCUGUGGGCCUGGACAGGAAGGAGCCGAUCGACUGGAUGACGCGGUUUGUGUGUGUGUGUGUGUGUGUGUGUGUGUGUGUGUGUGUGUGUGUGUGUGUGUGUGUAGGGGGGAGGAGCCCCAAGCUCUGCUCUCGUCCUGCCUGGGUCCCUCUGACGUCUCUGCCUAACUUCAAGCUUAGAAACUUCAGAAACUCAGAAUAGGAAUACUAAUCUUUAGGGAACGGAGAGCUGUGGUUUUAAAAAGGGAAGUUCGAUUUUAAAGCAGUUUAGAAAGUGCGACUGUGCCGGCCUCCGAGUGCGAUAAGGAUUUCUGAGAACUGAACUGUCAGAGUGAUUUCUGGGAAGAGGCGCAGUCAGAGCCAGCCCUCCGCUUCACACAGCUGGUGGCCAUGGACUCCAUCUUCAACCUGAUAGAGCUGGCUGACAGGCUGUACUCGCUGUGUCAGACGGUGAAGGCCAAUAAGGAGCAGAGGGGCCGCCUGGCUGAGAUGGUGAUCUCCCUGAAGAAGGUCCUGUCCAUUCUGCAGGAACAGGACCCCAGCCACACGCCUCCCCAGGCCCUGGAGGAACACCUGGUCGAGCUCCAGACGUGCUUCAGGGACGCGGAGGAGCUGCUGAACAAGUACGGGAACACUAGCUGCCUGGGCCGCGUGUUCAAGGCCAAGGCCAUGGAGGAGGACUUUGAGGACUUGUUUCAGCGCCUUGAUGACGUCAGGCAGCUGCUCUCGCUCUCGCUGCAGGUGGAGCAGAGGGGGGAGGUGCAUUCGGUGCACGACGUCGUGGACAGGGCAGAGCAGAAGAUCGACUUGCUCCAUGAGAAGAUGGACAAGCUGAUUGUGAAGGGCAAAGAGGUCAAAGGGCCUGAGACUCCAUCCCCGGCCGCCUCCCCACAGGAUGCAGACAAGCUGCUGGGAGACAUCCGUGGCAGGUUCGUGGAGAAGGCGAGCCUCCCUCUGAUCAAGCAGCUGCUGGACGGGCUGCAGCAGGAGCGCGUGCUCAACUCGGAGGAGGCCGAGGCCGUGCUGGAGGAGCAGGCAGCAAGGGCCGACCGCGCCCGCUGCCUCAUCGACAUGGUGCGCAAGAAGGGCCGCAGGGCCAGCGAGAAGAUGAUCACACUUCUGAGAGAGAGAGACCCCAACCUGGGGAUGACUCUGGGGCUGGCCUGAGGAGGAAGAGUAAGAGGAGGAGGAGAAGGGUCGCAGGGCCAGCGAGAAGAUGGAUCACACUUCUGAGAGAGAGAGAGAGAGACCCCACACUGGU